AUGCUAAGAGACUUUAGAUCUAAAGUGAAGAAAGCUAAAGUGCUUAGCUUGAAAAAGAAAGACACAAAGCAAUCAUCUUCGGAGGAACACAAUAGAGAGAUAAUAUACUGUUCGGACUUGGGAAAUGCUCCUCUGGUUCAGACCCCGGUAUCCUUGAGAAUUGAGCACUCCAGCAAGCUGCAGAACAUAUCCUCGAACAGUAUACUUUCAAGUAGCAUAUUAGAUUGUGAUUCAAGUAGUAUACUAGAGAACAACACUGCACUAAAGGAUAUUUCGAAUGAAUAUAGGCCGAUUGAUAAUCUAGAUCUAAAUACGGGAAAUUUCCAAAGCACAAAGAAACCAUCCACAUUCAACAGCACAUUUACGUUCGACAGUUCAGUAAAAAUAUCUGAAAACCCAUUUGAUAUUUUCAAUGGAUCACUAAUUAAAAUAGAAAAACCAAUUGAGGAGCCAACAAAGAUUGCAAGGCAAAAGACGACAGAUGAGUUUAUACUUUCUGGUCUUAAGAGGAUGAGGUCGCAAUCUAAUGAGUUUAAAAAUAUAAGAAUGACUGGCAUUUUUAAUAAAGUGACCGUUGUUUCUAAAACAGAACUAUCGAUAGAUUCCAAGAAAUACUAUAAAUUUCCCUUUGACAUCUCCGUCAUAAACGAUGAGUCAGCCAUUUUUGGCACAAUCAAGGAGGAGUUUGUCAUAGCUUUCUCUUCGGCAUAUUCAAACUACAGAAAAUUUGGAGAAUCUUUUAAAAUUCUAAUAAACGAGGAAGUAUUCAAUUUUUCAAGUACGGUUUCUUGCCCAGCAUCAUGCUCAAAGUUGUUAAAGUCCAACGAUAUUAAAUAUACUGUGGAAAAUGGCAUAGCAAAAAUUGAUCAAGAUGACACGGGGUUGGUUUAUGAUGUCAUUAUGAAUUUAGAUAUUCCAAAAGGUAAGCGUGCUCCUUUCAUCCUAUCAAAAUUUGAGUUCGAAAACGGCAUUGUCUUCAGAACCAAGAUACAAAAAGGACCAGUUAUAAGGAACAAAGAAUGCAUUGAGUAUUCAUACAUAUUGGUUGGGCCACUUGACACAUCUGAUUUUUCCUUUGACGACUCUGUCAUCCUGGAAUAUUUAUAA